AUGCUUGACAGAGCUAUGGCGGCCCAGGUGAGCCAAGAGCAAGCAAUCGAGUCACUCCUGAAUGCAGCACCUCGGUCAGCCACUCUUCUUUCGGCCUUGUCGGUGCAGCAGGAGGACAAAGGUCCAGCGAUGACGACCAAACCAUCCUUGCAUUCACGAACUCUUUUAGACACUCAAGGUCGUCAUGACAAGCUUGCAAUGCAGGGUAGGCAGCGUAAUGGCGAUGUUUGGUUGGAUAGGCUCUUCCGACGACGGCCUGAUUGUCACAGGAUUGAUCCUGUCAAUGAUGAUGCAGAUCAUGUUGGUAUAUUGGAUUUGGAUGGAUGCCAGAGCGGUAUGUAUCCGGAAGCCAAUUCACCGGAGCCAAGCAUUACCAACGGCCUGAUCGCCGGGACGCCACUCCCGUUGGAUGGAGGGGCGAGGAUCUUGCCAAUCGCCAUGCUAGGUUUUAAGUAUUCUCGCAUCCAUGCCAUUAACAUUUAUGCCAUCGCAAGCGCCAAUAGGACCUGUCCCACUCAAGCUUCAACAGCUGUUGUCUUCCCUGUCAUGUUUCGCAAGCGGCGGAGCUCCAAGAAGCUGGACAUCGAACUCUAUGCCAGAUUCAGGGAGAACCACCCUGAUGUUAGCCCCGGAACUUCCGUACCCAUCCACCUAUCAGUCACCGAGUCCCAACGCAUCAUCAGGUCUAGACGUAAAGACGAGGAUGAUGCACGACAUGAUGACAUAACUGUCGCACCGAUAUCCAGAGUCCCGUGGCUUUCCCUCGAAAAUGUUGUCUCUGUCGCACCGACGCCAUUCAUGACAGAUGAACCAGCCUUGAGACGAACACUGGUUGCUGAACGACAACAAGUCGAAGAAUGUAAUCAACCAACAGUCGUAGGGUCGAGUCAACCACUAUCCCCCGCCACUGAGCACGAUAUGUGGUCAGAGUUUAUCCUUCCCGAAUCUCUGUCCACUUCUGAGGCUAUCUGGUCGUGUGAUUUUCAGGACUUUCCAUCUCCUCUAACCCCACAAACUUCAUUUCCGGACACAUUAUCUUCUGCCUCGCCAGAUCUUCAGCCUCUGUCAUCUCUUGCGUGUGAAGAUGUCGCUAGUCCAGAUUGCGUGGACGUCGUCGAGUCACAUGAACCUGAGAUCGUGGACAGCUUCUACCAGAAAACUGGGAGUACUGGGUCAGCCUUAUCAGUGCAGCCCUCAAACGGGUCUCAGGCAAUUGAAUACGUGGACCCUCACGAAUCUGAUCAUCCGGACCACGGGGCAAGUUCUCAGGUUGUUCACUCUGAUGGCUUCUCGUUGAUGUGGAGCGCAGACCACAAUGACAUGAGACAAUUCUCAAUCGCAUUUCGAUUAAAUUUCCGGUCAACAGACUUUAGUCACUGCAAAGGAGUCAUGGGGGUUGCAAUGCAACUCUGCAGUAAAACCGAAGAGAUAUCGACCACUUCAGUACAGUCUCUCAGACCGAAUCUCGAGAUGAGCUUUUGCAGGAUCAAGUCAUUCAGGAGUCAUGGUGCAGAGCGCAAGAAUGCCAACGAUAUGGCUAUUGGGCAAAAACGCAUCAGAAGACUGAAGCAGCAAUUAGCGCAAUCGCAGACACGCCAGACACCAAAAGACAAGAGACUCGGCAGGGAUAAAAGCAAGACGCCGAGACUCCCAGGAGCACGAAGAAAUCAUGAGGAUGGCAUACUUUGUAAGAUCAAGAUCUUGCAACAGAAUUGCACUUCAACCCCGCCGUACACACUCCUCGACCAACAAGGAAAGAAACAGCAAGACUGUGACUGGCCCCCGUUAGGGCACAAGGACAAAUCUCCAGAAUCGCCCGAGACUGGGCCGGCGUCCUCAUCUUCGGCUCCACGAAGCGCGUUGAUGCCGAUAACGUCGAGACCAAAACACUCGAUGUUGUCGUCAGAGCCGAUUCAGCUUCCAACUUCACCAUGGUGUGAUGAGUCGCAGCAAAGGACGUCGACACGAGAUCUUCCAGAAGGGACCAGGAACAGAUCAAUAAGGCCCGGGGGAGUCAAAAUUGCUUGUUUUUACAUACGUCCAGUCGGUUUCAAACACGUAACCCAGAUUGACCAUUACAUAGCAGUAUACCUUUUCGAGCGCACAGCUUGUGAUCUUACCAGGAAAAUCGCGGAAGCAGUCUCGAUUGAUCCCGGGGAGGUGGGGCAAACAACAUGGUCUACUGUCAAAGGUCUAACCAUCCUAGUCGAUGACGACGUAGUCGCAAAUAUGAUGGAGGGCCAGGAGAUGCAGGUCGAAGCGAAAAGCACCGCAACCAGGUCCGAUUCUGGAAGACAGUUGAGCUUUGACUCUGCAGAUGAGGUAUAUUCUUGUGAGCAUGGAGUCAGGCAAUGUACUCGAGAGCUACUUGAAUUCAACCUCGUGUUUUGA